AUGAAGCUGUGGAAAUCGAAGAAGGGCACAACCGGCGCCACCCCCAGCUCGACGACGAGCUGCGUGUCGGGUUCGGGGGGCCACCCUAAGGGUGGGGUGCUCGCGAAAACGUGCAAGUUUAGCAGCGGGCGGGGUGGAGAGAGUGCCCCGGACGAUGGUAGCGCCGAAACGUCCUUCAUCAACCCAGUGGCUGGUGAACAGGCUGGAGGAGUCGUUCCCGCCAUGGUUCAGCACUCAACCGGAAACAUGUUCGCGGCUAGCGACCGAGCGAUGAGUCCGGCACAGUCAGAGGACUCCGGAUUGGCGGCAGAUCGUGGUACUACUUACGCAACCAUCUCGAUUCCACGCGACACCGGACAAAUCGGCAUCAUUCUGGCAGAACGCAGCGAUCUCUCCUUUCCACCGAUGGUGGAGUCAAUCAAUGGUCCCGUGGCGGACCUGUUGGCUCCAGGUGAUCGCAUUCAUCAGGUCGACGGUAUUUCGACCAUCGGGUUGACCAACCAGCACAUUUUCAGUAUACUCUGCCAUGGUGAAGGACCGGCCGUCAUCGAGAUUGAGUACUCCUUCCCCGAGUACAUUUCCCAGAACAGCCUCUGCGUGACGACGAAGAUCGCUCAGAUCACGGUCGAGCGAGAAAACGGUUGUCUAGGGCUAACGUUGCGUGGUGGAGGCGAAUACCCACUCGUCGUGACAAACGUGCGCAUGAAUGGACCGGUGUUCAAAACGGGACAAAUCAAACCUGGCGAUCGGGUACUACGAGUGGAUAACGUAUCUCUGCUGAACAAAAGCCUUUCGGAGGCUCAACACAUUCUGAAGGAUGUUCACGCGUCCGGUUACACGAACCUCACGAUAGAGUACGACGUGUCGGUGAUGCAGACGGUUGAGCUGAGCAUGGGCCCACUACUGCUGGAGAUCGAGCGGCCACUCAACGAAAAACUUGGUCUCAUCCUGAGCAACUACUCCAGCGCGGUUAACCUUAACGACAUCUAUCACAGCAGCUACAAGCUAAACGAGGUGCACCCGGAUGGCAUCUUCAUCGCGAGCAUUCUCCCAGCAAGCAUCGCGGACAGGUGUGGCGCACUGUCUGUGGGGGAUCAGAUACUGUCGAUAGACGAAAGCGUCGUAGAUAAUGGCGUGUGUUCGCUGGAGGAAGCCACAGCUCUGCUGGACGCCAACUGCGUCAAGGGCUACACACAACUUCACAUUCUUCCCGCCCAUACGUUCGUGCGUCGUCGAGGUAUUUCAUGUUCUAGCCCACGGUAUGGCUUCAACACCGUUGACUCGCGGAAAAACCAGACAUCGAACAAACACCGGCGGUUGGUGCGAAAGAGUUCGCUACCACAGACGUCCGAGGAUGGUCUAGUGCAUUCGAGCGUCGGGUUAUGCCGGGCGGAGAAGAUCCACCUCAUCCUGGACUGUUCGCAAGGCUCCGGUCUUGUGUUGGGACCCAAAACCGCCUGCGGACGUGGCUUCGUGAUCGCACAAAUCCUGCCCGACUCGGUUGCGGAACGAUCCGGAUGUCUGCAGAAGGGUGAUCGCAUCAUCGCCAUCAACAAGAUGUGUAACCUGGACAUAACCGCCGUACGUCAGAUACUGGGUGACUUCGGUCCAGCGACGGUGGCGAACCACUACCACAACCAACCGCAAACAUCAAACUGGGUCGAGUUAGAGGUCGAGUUUGACAUGGCCGAUUCGGUGGUACCAGCGAGUGGCGUGUUCAACAUCAAACUGCUGCGACAGAGUCGGUGUGGGUUGGGCAUUACGGUGAAUGCGAAUGCGCACGGUUCGUUCCUGAUCUCGGAGGUAAAACCGGGCAGUGCGGCCCAUCGAACCGGGUCACUGCGUGCUGGUGACCUGUUGAUGGCCGUCGACAACCGGCCGCUACAACACUACAACCUCGAUCUGCUGCUGAAGGAGAGCAAGCACGAGUUUAUCAUGCUAACGGUGAAGCGAAACUCGCUGCCGGAUUUCCUGUUCGACGCUCAGCAGAAGGCGACUGGCAUCUACGGCAGUGCUGAGGAGGGUGCGUUUGGAUAUGGCACCAGGUACGCAGACGCUUCGAUACUAAAGAUGGGCAACGGUGCGGAGUCGUACCAGUUGGAUGAUCAACUGCGUCGUCCCGUGUGGUCCAGUACGAACUCUUACGAAGGUCCUGUCGGCACUAACCAAGGUACUGGCACGUUAAAGGCACCCGGUCAAGUCGGGAGUAGUACUGAGAACCUGCCACUCCCACCAGCUCACCUGCUCACUGGCGAGAAUGAGCCUACAGAAGAUCGGUACGACGAUAUCAUGCACUACAAGAUGGUAUCUAUGAACAUCAGCAACACAAACUACGUCGGCUUUGGUAGUGCAUCGAGCGCAUCACCUGACUACACGAGUGAUCCUCCUCCACCUCCGGAACAGCCUCAACAACAGCAACGAGUAUUCAAUGUACGCCUCGAACCCAACGGGGGUCCUCUUGGGAUCACGCUUGCAGCCAGUGAAGACCUGCAAAAACCAAUCAAGAUCAGUGCUCUAACUGAGGGUGGAGUCGCACACAACACCGGCCAGCUUCAGGUGGGUGACUGUCUUCUGGCGAUCAACGGUGAGAGCGUCAGUGGUGUACCGCUAACUACAGCCACCAAACUGCUGCAGAAGUUCGUAGACGUGGUAGACCUGCAGAUCGCUCGUACGGAUCCUGUUGGUCUAGUGGACUGCUCAGGUGGUGCCGUGUAUGCUAAGGUACAACGUCGCCCUCGCAGUCCGUCGAUCAAUGAUGCGGCUUCGAACAACUCAUUCGGACAGGGUAGCUCGCAGGGAACGCUUAGGACGAUGCAGGUGACACUGUUCAAGGAUCGCGUGUACGACGAUUACGGGUUCUCUGUGUCAGAUGGCUUGUACGAGCGAGGCGUCUACAUAAACCGCAUCCGGUCAGGCGGACCUGCUGAUCUGGCCGGACAGCUACGACCCUUCGACCGAAUCGUACAGGUGAAUGGAACAAAAACGCAGGAUUUCGACUGUUGCCUUACGGUGCCUCUGAUCGCGGCGGCGGGUGACAAGAUAGAGCUCGUUAUUCAACGUUCCCCUCCGGAGUGAGAAGUCCUCAAUGGGCCUGUACUAUUCCAUGGAACCUGCGCUACUUACUGCUGACGGUGCAGCACAAUUUGUAUUUGCAUUAACGGUGUUGUUUCCUUCAAAUUCUACAUUUAUCUUUCUCUCUCUCUCUUUAUCUCCUGUCCUAUUUCUCUUGCACUUAAAUCAUGACUUCAUUAACUAAAACACAAAAAAAAAGAAAUUGAACAAUCCACUACUUCCACUAACAUGGCAUAUUUAUUUGAAUCUCUUUAGUCACCACUAACGCAUUAGGGUAAACAUUUAUUUUAACAUCAUCUAGACCCCCGCCUCGAGAGUCACUAUCUA